GCUUAUUUUAUGGCUCCUGUUGUGAGCUGAGCACAAGUCUUCCAUGCUAGUCUUCUCCUUCUGCCAUUGCAAGUCUUGCAGAAACAUAUCCUCUUCUCUAUCUUCUCUUCCCGUACGCCGCCGGCCCCUCCGCUGCGACCGCUACUGCCCCGCCUCUGCUACUGCUGCUCUGUCAGCCUAGGCGCCCAAGAAGGUCAGUGCUUGGCGUUGGUCUCCAUUUACCUCCAAAGCGCUUCCGCAAACCAUCCUCUUCUCCACUCCAAAGUGUGUUCUCAUUUCUCAGCGUGCGUUCUCGUGAGCUCUGACUGCUCCAAUGGCCGAGCUUGUGGGCAGCAUGGUGGUCGGGCCACUUCUGUCCCUGGUGAAGGAGAAGGCGUCCAGCUACCUCCUAGACCAGUACAAGGUGAUGGAGGGCAUGGAGGAGCAGCAUGAGAAGCUCAAGGUCAUGCUGCCGGCCAUCCUGGAAAAGAUCACUGACGCAGAGAAGCAGGCAACCUCCAGAGAAGCAAUCAGACCCUGGCUUGAGAAGCUUAAGGUGGCGGCAUACGAGGCCAUCCAAGUCUUCGAUGAAUUCAACUAUGAGGCCCUCCGUCGUCAAGCCAAGAAAGAGGGGCGCUACAUCGAGCUCGGGAUGGGCAACCGCAUCAUGUUCCGUUACAAGAUGGGCAACAAGCUUCGCAAGAUUGUGCGCGAUACUGAGGCCCUUGUCGAGCAUAUGCGCAACUUUGGGUUCGACAAACAGCCACAAGCGCAGGUUCAGAUAAAUUAUCUGCGUGAGAAUGACUCCACCAUGGUUGACCCAGAGAUUGUCAGCAGAUCCAGAGAUGAAGAGAAGCAAAAGAUUGUUAGAAUGUUGGUCAAAGAACAAGCUAACAAUAAGGAUCCGAUGGUCGUUCCCAUUGUUGGAAUGGGUGGGUUGGGCAAGACCACCCUAGCUCAGCUCAUCUAUAAUGACCCUCAAGUGAAGAAGCAUUUCCACCAACUAAUGAAGUGGGUCUGCGUGUCAGAUGAUGAUUUCGAUGUUUGUAACCUUGCCAAUAAGAUCUGCAACGCUUCUGAGAGCAACCUGGAGAGUGCCUUGCAGAACCUUCAAAGAAAACUUGCUGGAAAGAGGUACCUUCUUGUAUUGGACGACGUCUGGAAUAAGGAUGAUAACAAGUGGAACAAGCUGAAUGUCUGUCUUAAACAUGGUGAUGUUGGUAGCGCCAUACUAACGACAACCCGUGAUAAAAAAAUAGCUCAACUCAUGGGUACAGUUAAAGGACAUGACAUUGCACAUUUGGACAAUAAAUUCAUCAAGGAAAUUAUUGAGGCUAAAGCAUUCAUUUCGCAAGAGAGAAAACCAACUGAUUUAGCUGGCUUGGUUGAUGACGUUGUUGAGAGAUGUGCAGGGUCUCCAUUGGCAGCGAAGGCACUAGGAUCUGUACUACGUGGCAAGAUAACGGAAGAAUGGAAGGCUGUGCUUAGCAAAAGCAUCGCCCAUAACAAGGAUGAUCAAAUCCUGCCUAUUCUCAAGCUCAGUUACGAUGACCUGCCAUCACACAUGAAGCAGUGCUUUGCUUUCUGUGCUGUGUUUCCCAAGGACCAUGAGAUUAACGUGGAAAUGCUGAUCCAACUAUGGAUGGCAAAUGACUUUAUUCCUGAACAAAAAGAUGUUCGUCAUGAAACAAUUGGUAAACAGAUUUUCAGUGAGCUGGUCUCAAGGUCAUUCUUUCAAGAUGUGAAGCAAGUCAAUGGGAAAGCAUGGGAAGAUGUGUAUUGGUAUUUGUCUACAAGUACAUGUAAAAUCCAUGAUCUUAUGCACGAUGUGGCACUAUCUGUCAUGGGCAAAGAAGUUGCUACCAUAACUGAGAAGCCAAAGCAGAGUGAUGAGUUUCUUCAGAACACUUGUCGUCAUAUAUUGUUAUCAUGUGGCAAGCCAGAGGCCGUUUUGAAUGAUUCUCUGAAUAUAAGGUCUCCAGCUAUGCAAACACUACUAUGUGGUCAGCGCAUAGAAAGUUCCCUGCAGCAUCUCGCAAAAUACAGCUCUCUGCGUGCAUUGCAACUUUGUCAGAAUAAUAGCACAAUCCUACUGAAACCAAAGCAGCUACAUCUCUUGAGGUAUCUUGAUAUCUCGUGGAGUCAUAUAGUGGCACUUCCGGAAGAUAUCAGCAUUUUGUACAAUCUGCAAACGUUGAAUGUGGCGCACUGUCACAAACUUGGCCGGCUUCCAAAGGGAAUAAAGUACAUGACUGCCCUCCGUCACCUCUACACUCACGAAUGUUGGGAGUUGAAGCGCAUGCCGCCAGAGGUUGGACAUCUCACUUCCCUGCAAACACUUACAAAUUUUGUAGUGGGUGCAGGCCCUGAUUGCAGUAGUAUUGCAGAGCUGCAGCAUUUAAACAACCUUGGUGGUCCACUACUGCUUAGUCAACUCGAAAAUGUGACAAAUGCAGCAGAUGCAAAACAGGCCAAUCUUGGAAAUAAAAAGGAGCUCAGGGAAUUGUCAUUAAACUGGACGUGGACAGGUAGUCAGGAGGAGAAACUACAUUGUCAUAAGGUGCUGGAGGGUCUCGAAGCUCCUCCUGGACUAGAGGCUCUGAGGAUAGAGCAUUACCAAGGAACCAGUUUCCCAACGUGGAUGGGUACGCUGACAAAAAUGGUGGAGCUUCAUCUUUCUAACUGUAACAAGUCCCAUAAGCUUCCUCCACUUGGGAGUGUACCAGCUCUACAAGUUCUUCGUCUGGAAAGAUUGAAAAAACUGGAAAGCUUGUGCAGUGGUGGUACAUUCUUUCACUUUCCUAAUCUGAAGAAGCUUACGCUGGACAAACUGCCGGAAUUUGACUGGGUCCAAGGAGAACAGAUAAUGUUUCCUCAACUUGAGAGGUUGUUUAUUAGCAAUUGUGGAAAGGUUACAGCAUUACCAGGGCCAGCACUUCUCGGAGGAUCGUGCUGUGGAGAUUACAAGGAGCAAGACGAGAGGAAGCUUUGGUCGGCAUUUCCAGUCCUGAAGGUACUCGAAUUAGAAUGCUUAGCAAAGUUUCAGAGGUGGGGGGGCGCUGCUGAAGCAACUCAAGGGCAGCAGAUAAUAUUUCCAUAUCUUGAAGAGUUAUCAAUCGAAAAGUGCCCCGAACUGGCAGCAUUACCAUCAGCUACAUCUCAGGGAGAAUCAUUUGACCAUAGUGAUGUUACAGCAUGGUCAGCAUUUCCAAACUUAAAGAAGCUCUUGUUAGAAGACUUAGAUAGUUUUAAGAGCUUGGGGAUGAUGGAAGAGCAGAGAUUCCCUGACCUUGAGACCCUGUCUGUAAAGAAAUGUCCCAAGUUGACAACUCUACCGGGGGUGAUAGAAGCACCAAAGCUCGGUGUAUUACAAAUACAUGGCAGCCAACUGGCAGCAAUAAUAGUGCCUACAUUUAUUAACUCAUUGUCCGAACUGGUGUUAUCAGUCGAAUUCACAGAAACUACUUUACCAACUGGGCAUAGUGCCUUUGAGCUGCUGGACGCCAGUAAUAAAUACCCUCUGACAAGUCUGAAGCUAAGUGGCUGCAACUUUCUGUUCCCCUCAAGUCCACUGGCACUAUGGACAUGUUUUGUCCAGCUCCAACGUUUGAAAAUUAAGAAGAUCAACCAUGCGCUUGUCUACUGGCCGGAAAAAGAGUUCCAUAGCUUGGUAUCCUUGAGGCACCUUUCCAUUAAGAAGUGCCGUGGUCUGAUUGGGUACGCGAAAGCUGCUCCUGGCCAACCAAUAUCAGAAAGGAGCCAAGUUCUGCCCCGUCUCGAGUCUCUACACAUAGAGGAUUGUGAAAGUCUGGUAGAGGUCUUCAACGUCCCCGCAUCUCUCAAGACGAUGGAUUUGCGCGGCUGUCCUAAGCUUAAGUCCAUAUUCGGAGAGCAACAGGACGAGCCAACAUUAAAUCAAGGGCCCAGCGCUGCCCGGGAUCACUUACUACUUCCAUGUCUUGAAUAUCUAUAUAUAGAGCGGUGCGAAAGCUUGUCAGAGGUUCUCAACCUUCCCCCAUCCCUCAGGGAAAUAGUAAUUUGGGAGUGUGGCAAACUCCAACUCCUAUCAGGCCAGCUGGAUGGACUCCAACGCCUACUAAUUUCGGUAUGCCCAGAGUUGAGAUCACUGGAAUCUUGCUUGGGAGAGUUUUCAACCCUGGAACGCCUCAGUCUUUGUGAAUGCAAAAGCCUGGCAUCCUUGCCCGAUGGGCCACAAGCAUACUCAUCUCUCCAUGAUCUUCAAAUUACAUCAUGUCCAGCUAUACAGCCGCUUCCUUCAUCCCUGAAGAAGAGACUGGACAACCUCGGACAUGUUCGCUUCAGCUCAAGGGGUGUUUGGAUACGAGGUACUAAAGUUUAGGGGUGUGUUACCAAACAGGGCCUUAUAAGCCGGCUGAAAAGCUGAAACGGCUGAUUUGUUGUGAGAGGAAAACACUGUUUGGUAGCUGAUAAGCCAGCUGAAGCGAACAGGCCCCUCAUUCGUAAAGAUUUGGAUGCUCGUUACGAAUGCAUAAAUCUGCUCAUGUGUAUUUCAGCCGCUUCUCUCCGUGAUCUUCACAUUUCAACCUAAAGAAGGUGCCAAGUUAUUGAAACCAAAGACAUGGAAAUAUGCCAUUCAUUUGUAGAAAUCAGUGAGCUGUCAAAACAUGAAGUACCAGCUACAUCAUGGCAGUUAUCUCCCUGUGAUUGGAAGAGAGUUCUGCAUUUUGCAUACCAACUGCAACUAUGAUAUUUAUAACUGAUCCUGGAGAGAUAUUAUGCCAUUUCUGUGACCAUUCUCUUCUAUUAUGUCCAUUUCAUAUAUUCAAAACAAAAUUUUCCCUUAAGUGACUAUUCUAUUGAAUUGAUAUUUUACUUUUUCAGAUAAUACUGAUAUUUUUAACUUGCUUUACUUUCCCUUAACAUGAUUGGAAGUUGAA